AUGAAGGUUGACAAAUGCAGCAAAGGAAGCUCAAGGUUCUCAACGCAUUUUUCCAACCAAGGCGCGGGUUGCUUCACGACAGAGUCGCUGGACAAGACGGCGCUUGAGAUAUCAGCUCACGAAACGCUCUUCAGUCAAUCUGAAGGAAGCGCAGACGAUUUGAAGACGCUUAGGCUGCUACCCACGGUUAGCAUCAACGGAGGCGGCAGUGGUACUCUAAGCGGUGCAGCCGAUGCCACGUUAGUUGGGACAAAAGAAGCUGCUCGAAAUAACAAGUACACGCGUAAAAGCGUUAGUAAUUUAUUAACUGUGGACGCUUCUAUAAUGGGCAAUUACGAUCGUGACGCAAUGCAAAUGCCGUCUCGAUUAGCAGAUCAGCAUCAAGUUCCACAGGUUACGACAACAUCGCAAUAUUUACCACAAAGGAUAAAAAAAGCUUCAGCAUCUACUGGCAUCGGAAACAGCAGUAACUUUAUGAAUACAGCUCCAAAUCUCUAUCAUUGCUUGGAGCGCAGCAACAGUAAUAUUUAUAUAAGGUAUCCGACUGAUGGUAUACCACGCUUGACUGGAAAACGACAACGCGCAAGUAAUCGAUUUAACAGCAGUAAUAACAACACCAGCAACUUUUCGGCACCUCUCGGGAUCCCGUUUCCGCUAUUGGAGCUGGAACAUCCUUUGCCUGAUUACAACUCAAAUUGGAAUUCUCACAUUGGAAUUGCGUCCGGAUCUUGUAUAAAUGCAAACAAUGGCAUGGUGCGGAUGCUUAACAAUAACAGUAGUAUAGUCACUUUGCCAGGGACAUCGUUACCGAGUGGAACGUUAAUGUCCGCAGGUGUAGACUCGUAUUUGACAGAUUAUGAUUCGACACUUAAUUCACUUUGGACGACUCCAGGUAUUGCCAUGGGAUACGAUGGUUUGAGCGAGACAAUUCACGGACAAUCUCAGGCGACUCAUCCACCACUAUACAUGACACCGGAUGAUGAACUCAAAUUGGAUUGUCCGCAGUUUGCGGAAUUUAGUCACGAUUUGGAGUCAUAUUUAUGUGGUGGGAUUGAGUCUGGUGCAUCGCCAACGACGCCACUUGGCUCAUCAAUGGAUACUAGUACAAUGAAAACGGAUAUCGCAAAUGUUAUGUUGAGAGAGCAACAGCUAGAACGGCUGCUGACUCCUGCAGCCGCGUCUGCAACCACUGGGUUUGUAGUCAGACGAGACUGCGAUCCCACAGGACUCGAUCGUACUUUAGCACGUCUGAAUGCGCGAUAUCGGGGAGUUUGCGAUGAUGCGCAUGCUGCAUCACCGGUCCAUAGCGGGACAUUGAUUGGUCUGAAAAAUCUAACGACCAAUUUAAAGCAUGCAGGUGUACCAUCACUAGAAACUCAUCAUACUGGGCAAACAAAACUGAAUCCCGCUACAAGCAAAGCAGAGGUCUCAUUCGAAUCGGAUGCAUGUGCGACUCGUUCAGAUCAAAAUUUGUCGUCAUUCACUGCCACUGCAGAUAGUACAAGAUCGAAUAAACGUCCUCGUACUCGGCAAUGUGAGUUUCCAGGCUGUCAAAACCGAGCUCGAUCGCAUCAAAAAUGUAAGAAACAUGGUGGAGCACACCAGUGUGUGUUUGAAGGGUGCACAAAGAAUAGCCAGAGCCGCGGACUUUGCAUAGCACAUGGUGGUGGCUCUCGCUGUAAGAGAGAAGGUUGCGUGCGUGCAGCGCAGUCGAAGGGUUUGUGUAAAUCUCACGGUGGAGGUGAGUUCUGUGCUGUCGAGUGCUGCAACAAGAAGGCGCAUCUGAAACAUUUGUGCCGUACUCACGGCGGUGGCGUCAGAUGCAAGUAUGAGAAGUGUUCCAAGUGGGCACAACGCAAAGGAUGGUGCAUGGCGCAUGCAAAAGAAUAUGCGGCGACAUGA